CUUAGCUUCGCCUGCACGAAAACAAAUUACAGUGGUAUGGGUCCUCCAAAUCAUUCGAGUUACCUGUAAAACACCCAUAAUGGUCGUGAGGGGAAGAACAAGAACUUUGAAGCUUGCGCCUCGAUCCAUAUAUGGAGAUCUUCCAAAUCGCGCUUGGUUCCUCAUCCUCACCAAUUGAACGAAUGUUACUUGCCUUACCCCAGCAUCUUUCACCGUGACUCUUAAAUUCAAAUAAUCGAUGACACAAGUUAUUCAAACUUACGACGGCCAUGGGACAUACUCCUGUUCGAAAUGUUCCGCAGUGGUGGCAUUACAAGAUGAAUUAAUUAGCAAAUCCUUCUCUGGUCGAGAUGGACGUGGUUUUCUCAUGCAUUCUGCGACAAAUGUCAAGCUCGGAAACAAGGAGGAACGUCCUCUACUAACAGGAGUGCACACAGUUGCAGACGUAUUCUGCGUCGGUUGUAAUGAACGGCUUGGGUGGUACUAUCAUAAAGCUUCAGAAUAUUCUCAGAAGUACAAAGAGGGUGCACCUCCUUUAUUACUUAUUAUAUUGCCUCUCUGAAUCUCCUUCCAAGGGAAAUACCUUCUGGAACGAGAGAAGUUGUUCAAGGAUAAUGCCUGGACGCUUGAUCGCAAGGAGUGAAUCGGUAGCGCGUACACUCGUUACUUUUGGAAAUGCAAUUCCUUUUCAACUGAUUCUCGUGGCAAUGAACUAGGAUCAGAACACGAAAGCGAGGCAUCUGAAGGAAAACCUUGGAAUGCUCGAUAUCUUUUGCUCGCAUCCUUCUCCAAAGGAUUAUGGUGGGUUUGUGCCACUCUACCACAUCGGACGCCGGCAAUAGGUGGAAAGUAUUGUUCCUUUAUACCUUACCAUCGGUUCGAUAAACUCGAUCUUCCUUCCCUUCUUCUACCCACUUGUUUGUACGAAUACAAGUCUGGUCAAUACAAAGUCCUUG